AGUUCCUCUCUUUUGUCGUUGGAGGUUGGAUCAAUGAGUGGGCGAGUGGUCCAUGAGACAGGCGCUGCGCCGAUGCGCGCAUUACUCUCCCCAUUCGGAAUUGGGAUGUCAAAGCAUGUCAACCUUUCGCACAGCGCUGUCAACAGAAAGCACAAAGGAGAAGAGCUGUCCAUGACGGUGUCCAGCAACGUAGGCGCUGGGACGCCCCUCCUCGUGUUAGCCGACGCAGCAAUGCUCACCUGUCAAGCGGCGCUGGAUGCAGAUGUGGACGGGCUCGCACCACCACCUGCUGAGAUGCUAGAGAUGCUUCACGACGACACGGCGCAGCUGGACGAAAUGUACCUGGCGUAUUACCUCUCGCAGCGCUACUACACAAAACCAAACGACUGGUAUGCCCACCAACUCGACCUGUGCAGCACCGCGCGUUCAAACUCCAUCGACGUUCGCCCCGCGUGUGCGUUGUGGGAACGUGCAGCUCGCGAGUACGUGAGCGCGCCGCAGUCCGUCUUCCUGGCAGCUCUGCGCUACGUUCGUGCGUCUUCGUUUUUCAAGCCUGCCGCAGCGGCUGUCGAUGCCGGUGCACCGUCACCCCCGGCAGCACUCGCUGUCGCACCAGUGCUGGAUGUUUUGCUGAGGAACGGCGGCAAGGCGAACGUUUCGCUGAUGGCGUGUACAGCCAAGGACGUAGCGGAGAAGUACUUGUCCGAGGACCUUCGUGGCGUUCGGCAAGCACUCUUGUCCAAGGAUGAUGCGUGUGCGUACUGGGCUCUCCUUGCGCGUGGCGACCUCCCUGUGGGUAGCACAGUCUCCGUUUCUUCACAGAAUCUCUUUACUUGA